UACUCAAUGAAUUUUCUUGCAUAUUGACAAAUUUCUGUGGAGAGAUGUUGUUUCUACGCGUAAUAUUCGUCAUCAUUCAUUUGUUAAACUUUACAAACGGUUGUGGUAUUUUGACGCAUCUUUCCAUUGCUAAUGAAGCCCUUGAAUCAUUUUCUGAUUCUCAAGAAAGUCAUAAUUCGAGUUAUCGUCACAUCAUAUUGAAUAACUAUGAUGCAUUUUAUGCAGGGAGCCACUUCCCUGAUACAAUGUAUUCGUCUCUAUGUUUUGAAGGCCGCUACCAUCAAAUAUCAGAAGAUACCCAUUGGGCACCAUUUAUAAACGCAAGUGUCAACUAUAUACGGAAAACCUAUUCUAAACCAUGGAGUAAGGAAGCAGAAAAACUGAUUGCAUUUACUUUUGGCGUAGCCUGUCACCAAAUCGCAGACAUAUUAUGGCACAGCUUGGGAGUAGAUCAAGGUUUUUUACGUGUGAUGGCAAAUAUCAACUUUCACGGUUCCUUUUCAGCCGCCCAUGCCCUGGCUGACGUUGGUGGGGACGUGUUCUCAAUGUUUGAAGGUGAUCUGAAAAACUUUAGCGUUACACCAAAAUGGUACUAUCCAGUAGCAGACUUGGUAAAAAUUUAUAAAGAUUUAUAUGGUGAAAAGAAAGUCAAUGCAAAUGUGCUAAUCAAAUGUUCUUCACUUCUUUACGCGGAAUGGAUCGCUGAAAAGUUGGCUGGAGACUAUCUUUAUACAAUCUUUGCCAGCAAAUCUCCUUUUUUGUUGCAUCAACUACAUGACUACUUUAUUGGUGGAAAAUCUGAUAUGGCAGCUUGGACGUCGAUAAUAUGGCAUGACGUCGUUCAUCUUAUAGAGUUUGGAAACAGCACAUGCGUCAUCCCAAGAAAUACAUUGUACAUACGAUGUAAAGGCCAGCAAAAAGAAAGAAGUUUAUUGAAAGUGAAACAAACAAACUCCGGGUCGGACAAGCAGCGUCAAAUAUUGUUAAUUCAUCGAGAAAAUGUCAAUAUGGAAGACAUACAGAUUACAAAAGCUUUUAGAGGAGUAUAUUUCAACAUUGUAGGUGAAACUUAUCACAAAGUCCGUACACUUGAAAAAAAAGAAAAACUAUUUCAACAGAGAAAAUCUGAUAGCAAUUCAAUCAUGUUGACAACGAAGAACAGCUUCGCAAGAUUAGGAUGGACUUUAAUCACUGGAAACUUACCUGGAUAUGGAAAUGUUUUAAUCACAGCAGCUCCAUGGUACGGCAUUCCUGGUGAUGGUCAGCAUGGCCGAGUUUACAUUAUAUCAACCGACAAAGUUAUUGAAACAGGUAUUCUUAAUGACAUUGACAAUAUCGCUGAUCAAAUAUUGGAUGGAAGUGAAAACGAAAGAUUUGGAUUUUCGUUGACAUUGCUGGAUUUUAAUAUGGAUGGAUUGAACGAUUUGGCUGUCAGCGCACCAUCGCGUGGGUCAAACAACUUAAGUUAUAUAGGAACAGUUCAUAUCUAUUAUGGAAAUGAUACCACUGGUGGGGUAAAUAGCAAGGCAGAUGUUAUUAUAAUCGGUCAACAGAAGUACUACAACCUUGGUACCAGCCUACAAACAGGUGAUUUGAACAUGGAUGGCAACGAUGAUCUAAUUAUUGGGUCUAAGUACGCACCGAUGGGCGGUGAGCAACGUGGAUCGGUCAUUGUAUUCUUCUCGAAGAAACGAGUCACUACAUCACCAGUCUUUUACCUUUCAAGUGAAGCUCAAAUGACAUUUCAAGGUGAACAGAACUAUAGUUGGUUUGGACAUGAGGUUCACUUUCACAAUAAAACAACUAUCGGCUCAUUGCUUGUAAUAUCUGCACCAACAUACAGGAUCUGUGCGCUGAAGAAUUGUAAUUACAACCAAAAUGACAAACAAAGUGUUGGAAAAAUCUAUGGCUACAAACUCUCAGUUGGCGGUGAAUGGACACUAUCGUUUCAGGUCACUGGACAAAGUUCGUUUUCGCAACUUGGUAAUAGUAUUGCUCUUGGAAAUCUUAACGGACCCGAAGUCGAUAUUUUAUCUGUUUCGUGUCCAACAGGAGAUGUUUUGGGUAAAAUCGGGAUACAUUUGCCACCAUACGUACUCCAGCAGGCAGGUCAAGUGUACUUGCUAAGCUUACAUACGCUGUUAAACAAAACGAACGUCUAUAUAUCUGAUCUGGAAUACGUGGCUCUAUUCGAAGGAAACCACGAUUUUGGAAAAUUUGGUUGGCACGUCUCUUGGCAAGAUGUCAAUGGUGAUGGUUUAAGUGAUAUGAUUUUGGGAGCACCUUAUCAAACACCAAAUGUUUAUAAACCAAUAGAAGACGAAAAAGGAGCACUGUACAUCUAUUUUGGUGGUGAAACUUUCCCCAUGGGCAACGCAACGCGGAAUUGUGGGCUUCGAAGCUUACAGCCCUGCCCAAGAAAAAAGGCAUCCAUAUACCUAUCUCCAAAUCAGAUGUAUAGCCAUUUUGGACAAGGUACAGCUGCGUUGACAUUCAACAAGACACAAAGUAUUGCCGUUUCUGCUCCAAGACAAGACACCAUCUCAAUACAUAAUGGUGUGAUUUACUUAUUCCCUAUUCAUUCACAUCUUUCGGUACAAAACAAAAGAAAAAACAUCUACGCAAGAAUGAAGAAUAACAUUGCUGUAUAGAUGCAGCAGGAAACAGUGAUCAGAUUUUUGAAUAAAGUAAUCAAUAUAUUCUAGUAUUAAGUGAUUUAAAACACGUAUUACAUACAUUGUAACAAUUAUUUACCAUUCAAUUAAUCAUCCACAAAACUUCUACGAACAAGCUCUACUUGACUUACCUAGUAUAUCUUUGCUAAGUUUGAGUUGAUUAAACUGGCUGCUCAUUUGAUUGAGCUCCUCAAUAUAUUCACAAGCUGUUUCCAACACAUAGUUUUUACUCUAUAAAUAUAAUAAAAACUCACUAGGGUGAAAUUGCAUAUUGAAUAUUUUGAUGGCUAGUAAAAUACAUUAAUUAUUCAAUACGUAGUUAUUUUCGAUUUUGAUUGGUUAGCCAUCUACAAAUAAUUUUUGAAAUUCGUAAUUAUGAUGGUAAUGUACAAAUAAUUCAUGGUAUUCUGUAAGUAUGACGUCUAUCUUCAAAUAAUAGUUUGUGGGACAAUUGUAAGAAACUGAAUGAACCGCCUGACAAGGACACAAUAUUUGAAAAUGUUUUA